AUGGACGUAAGAUUUUAUUCACCACCUCCUCAGCCUGCAGCCGCUCCUGAUACGCCUUGUUUGGGACCUUCCCCCUGCCUGGACCCCUACUAUUGCAACAAGUUUGACGGUGAGAACAUGUAUAUGAGUAUGACAGAGCCGAGCCAGGACUAUGUGCCAGCCAGCCAGUCUUUUCCUGGCCCAAGUCUUGAAAGUGAAGAUUUUAACAUACCUCCUAUAACUCCUCCAUCAUUGCCUGACCACUCCCUGGUGCACUUGAAUGAGAUAGAGUCUGGGUACCACUCUCUGUGUCAUCCCAUGAACCACAACGGCCUCCUUCCAUUCCACCCACAAAACAUGGAUCUACCUGAAAUUACAGUUUCCAACAUGCUUGGCCAAGACGGGACACUGCUUUCCAAUUCACUCUCCGUGAUGCAAGAUUUACGGAAUACAGAAGGAGCCCAGUAUAGUUCCCAUCCUCAGAUGGCAACCAUGAGGCCAAGGGUUCAACCUGCAGAUAUUAGGCAGCCAGGAAUGAUGCAGCACGGGCAGCUGACUACUAUUAACCAGUCCCAGCUCAGUGCACAGCUUGGUUUGAAUAUGGGUGGAAACAGUGUUCCUCACAACUCGCCCUCUCCACCUGGAAGCAAAUCUGCAACUCCUUCACCAUCCAGUUCAGUCCAUGAAGAUGAAGGAGAAGAUAGCUCUAAGGUCAAUGGUGGAGAGAAGAGACCUGCUUCAGAUAUGGGAAAGAAACCCAAAACUCCCAAAAAGAAGAAGAAGAAGGACCCAAAUGAGCCACAGAAGCCUGUGUCUGCCUAUGCAUUAUUCUUUCGAGACACUCAAGCAGCCAUCAAGGGCCAAAACCCCAAUGCUACUUUUGGUGAAGUCUCUAAAAUUGUAGCUUCAAUGUGGGACAGCUUAGGAGAAGAACAAAAACAGGUAUACAAAAAGAAAACUGAAGCUGCCAAGAAGGAAUAUCUGAAGCAGUUAGCUGCCUACAGAGCAAGCCUUGUAUCCAAGAGCUACAGUGAACCUGUUGAUGUUAAAGCCUCCCCACAACCUCAGAUGAUGAAUUCAAAGCAGUCAGUGUUCCAUGGGGCCGCCCAGGCUCACUCUGCACUGUACCUCAGUUCCCACUACCACCAACAACCAGGAAUGAAUCCUCACAUCACUGCCAUGCAUGCCAAUAUCCCCAGGAACAUAGCGCCCAAGCCCAACAACCAAAUGCCAGUGACUGUUUCCAUAGCAAACAUGGCUGUGUCCCCACCACCGCCUCUUCAGAUCAGCCCCCCUCUGCACCAGCAUCUCAACAUCCAGCAACACCAGCCGAUUUCAAUGCAGCAGUCCAUUGGAAACCAGCUACCAAUGCAGGUCCAGUCUGCUUUACAUUCACCUACAAUGCAGCAAGGAUUUACUCUUCAGCCUGAUUAUCAGAAUAUCAUCAAUCCAACAUCAACAGCUGCACAAGUUGUUACCCAAGCAAUGGAGUAUGUUCGUUCAGGGUGCAGAAAUCCUCCAGCACAGACUGUGGACUGGAAUAAUGACUACUGCAGUAAUGGGGGCAUGCAGAGGGACAAAGCACUCUACCUUACCUGAAAAUCUGAAACACCUCUCCUUUCCAC